CACGCUGACUCGUUGCCUUUUUGACACAUAUACACCGGUUUGCGCGCAAUUGUGUACAUUUUACUAACGAUAGUGCGGCUGUAUAGCUGUGUUUUUGUACCGAUACUUACAACAUAUAUACUUAUAGACCCGCGUUGUUUCGGUCUUUGUUGACCCCCCAUGGAAUCUGGAUGGUAUUCGAGCACUUUUCGACUGAUGGCUGCUCGAUAAAGUAUAUGGAAUAGAGGCAGAAAUAUUCUUCAGCAGCUGCUCAAGAAGGUACCUUCCAGCCAACAACUACUCUAUCCCAAUGCGCACCAUCUCUUAACGAUCUCGAUCCAUUGUACCUAGAAGUACCUGCCUCCAGUGAAAAACAAAGGCCAUGGCGAUAGCGAAAAUCAAAAGCUUCAUAGACACGAGUCUGAAAACCGUGGGGUCGCCGAUCGACCGCACGACCACGAGUCUCGAGCCCGAGAUCGGUAUCAGGAUCGUGCACUCGCCCGACGACAAGAGCCUCAGAGUCACGGUACUGGGCGCCAGGCACUUGCCGCAAAACUUUGGCUUCACGCGCGUCAACAGUUACGUCGUCAAGAUAAAAUUGAUUCCGGGCAAGGACAAGCACGAGACGACUACGCGCAACGAGUCCUGGCCUCAGUGGAACGAGGAAUUCGUGUUUCCGCUGCGCAAAGAGACGAAAGUGAAGUUCGGAAAGAACAAAGUCGUCGAGGAGGAGAUCGGCGCCUCCAAGUUCGUCGUCGCGACGCUCUACGCCAUACUCGAAGAUAAGCCGCUCAUUGCCACCGACAAGAAGGAAAAUGAAAAAGACAAAGCCAACACAGGCGCGGGUCGAGACAAAAAAGACGGGGGCAAAAAAAAGGACGCCAAGCAGCAGCAAGACCCCAGUAGUUGCCAAUCGGCUUCGACAAUGCAGUCGAAGGGAGCGUCGAAGCUGCUGAACCAGUUCUUUGGCAAAGGGUCGGACAAGAUCGGCGAGCCGGCCGGUCAGGAAUCGGCGCGCAAAGCCUUCGAAAAGAGACGCACGAUCGGCGCCACUUCGAUUCCCCUCGACCCGAGGAACUUCACCAGCAAACCCGUCAAGCCGAAACAUCCGCAGGACGUGUCCACGGGGGACAUGUGGAGGACCCUCAAGCCAAUAUCGAGCGGGAUUUCAGGGGCCGAGGAGAGGCGUGAAAACAAAAAGGGCCAAGUGGAGUUGUCGCUGUGCCAAGAGAAGCGGGAAGCCGGCAAUGGCCGACUCGUCCUGACGAUGCACCGGCUACGCUGCUCGCUGCAAUCGAUGCAAGAGCACGAGGCCCUCAAGGGCCACAUGUAUAUAAAAAUGUCGGUGGUGGACACCGGCCGGGUCACCUACUUCUGGAAGAGCGAUCGUUUCGCGCCCUGUGUCAGCAUGAAGUUCGACCCGGGCCGCGCACAGGUCAUGAUCGACAAUCCGUACGAGGGGGCGCUCAAGGACGUGUGCUUCGUUGUCAAGUUCGUUGCCAAAAAUAAGAUCGGGAAAAAGGUGACAGUUGGACACUUUGUGAUCGGGCCAGAGGUCGGUGGACCCUACAGCGAAAUGUGGAAACAAGCUUUGGCGAAACCGGGGCAGCAAGUCUCGAAGUGGUUGUGUUUCGAGUAGCAGUGCUGGCAGAUCUGAUGAGAAAUUACCUUUUCUUCUUUGUUUUAUAACAACUAUCGUACAACUGUUAUUGUAUAUAAAUUGUUGACACGGGGCAUGAAAACGAACGAUUUGUACCUUAAUGUUUUGUACAAAAACUAGGAUUUACGGUGAGGCGUAUCGUGUUGUGUGUAACCGUCCAUUAUUGCGUAGAUGAAGUGUCAUUGUAUAGAUACACGAAAAAAGUCGGAGUUUGAUCUGCGAGAUGAUAAAUCUUUUCUUUUUAACGUCUAUGUACAAAUGUAUAUCGAUUUCAAGAUUUUUAGAGUUGUGACACGAGGAUUUGAAUUUCACGUUUAAUACUUUGUAAAAUAGUAUGUUUGUACAAUGUAAGCACUUGUAAUUUAAUAUUAUUUUUUUUACUUAUACUUAAAUUUCCACCAUACAUAUAAUGUCAUGUCAAAAUACCACUGUUUCUUUUUCUUUACACAUUUUUUAUACAGCAAAUAAAUAGUUACGUCAACUUA